AUGGGGGAGUUUUGUUCGAAGCCAGAAAGUGGGAAUUCUCAAUCACAUUCUGGUGCUCCUCCAGCUGGUACUCAAAAUAUUCGGUCUAGAGACAAUAACGUCCCAAAUGCACCUACUGCAACUGCUGGCUUCUUAUCAAACAUGUGUGACACAGUAUCGCGCUUGCAGUCCGAAAGUCACUUACCACCGAACACUCUUCCACCUGGCUCGAGGAUGGCUUUAAGCCCUGAACAGACUUAUGCCGGUAAUACGGGUAGAAAUGGGAGGUCCGAAGUCCUUCCAAGCGGAAAUCCGACACAUCCUUCUGGGUAUCAUACAGGGGUACUGACUCCAGAAGAUAUGCUAGCUGCAGCACAGAUUUGUAGUCACCUUAGUCAGUCUCAACUCAACGCUCUGGCAGCUGCAUAUCAUCAUCAACAGCAACAAAUUCAGCGGUCAGUUGGUUCAGUUGCCUCAGGAACUACAGCACUUGGUCAAGUUCCUGGCAGUACCUUUGCUCAGGCCUAG